AUGAAGCGCCCUGGUCUUCAGUCUAAAUCGAAACGGACAAGCGUUCGUCUGCGAGAGAAGGUCAAAAAGAAGGUUCGCGACCACAAUCGCAAGCAGCGAAAGUAUGAGCGAGAACACGCUAAAACUAAGAAACAGCAUGUGCCCAACUCAGCACCCUUCAAGGACCAAAUCUUGCAGGACGCGAUCGCUUUCCAGGAGCAAAAGCGGCAGAAAGUUUUGGAGAGAAAAGAGCGACGAAAGGUGAAGAAAGGAAAGGCAAAGGCCGAUACAAUUGCAUCACUGAUGAAGGAUGUUCAAAACGCCCAAACUACUUAUAACAAGAAACAAGCAGUAAGGGACCAAGUAAAAGCAGAAGCAUAUGAACAAGACAAGAAAAAAGCUGCGUGGUUUAGGCGUGAACUGAAGUAUGUAACAACAAACGCGGAUGUUAUUUUGGAGGUUCUUGACGCUCGAGAUCCCAUCGGAUGUAGAUGUCCACAGCUUGAGUCGCAGGCGCUUGCCAAUGGAAAAAGAAUCGUGCUCGUCCUCAAUAAAGUCGAUCUCGUUCCUAAACCAGUGGUGAAAGGCUGGCUCGACGUUUUAAGAAAGCAAUUGCCAACUGUCGCCUUCAAAGCAUCUACACAAAAACAGCGCCAGAACCUAGGAAGGGGUCAGAGUGCAUCAGGAUCCACUGCUUACGGAGCUGACCAACUCACGAAGCUCCUCGGGGCAUUCGCUAAAACCAAAGGAAUGAAAACUGGAGUGACAGCUGCUGUUGUUGGUUUCCCGAACGUUGGAAAGAGCUCUAUUAUCAAUACUCUUGCACGAUCACGUGUCUGUCAAGUAUCAGCCACAGCGGGAUCCACCCGUGACACGCAGGAAGUCCACAUUGACAAAGCAGUGAAGCUUCUCGACUCACCCGGUGUCCUUUUUGGAGGAUCUGCUGAAAAGCAAGCUCUACGAGGAGCUCUCUCAGCAUCAGCACUCGCCGAUCCUGUCGAUGGUGCCCUUGCCUUGCUCAACAGAUGCGAUAAAGUCGCCUUAGCUCUGCACUACUCAACGAAUCACACUGAUAACGGGCGUUCUUUCUUGGCGCAGCUCGCGAUGAAACGCGGACUUGUGAAGAAAGGUGGCAUUCCUGACUGCGAAAAAUCUGCGCGUCAAAUUCUACAAGACUGCCAGAGAGGAAAGUUCUCGUUUUACACGAAGCCACCAAAAACUGCCACUGCCGAGGAACAAACUGUCCCCGAAUUCCUAGAUGCUAAACUAGUUUCUACAAUGAGUGAGGAAUUCAAGCUUGAUGGUUUGGACGACUGGAUGGAAUCGAAUGAUAUUAAUGCGCCAACUUCCGGCAAGGGCAUUGCCUUGAGCAAUGAUGGCUUUACCGAGCUAGAAGAAAUGGAUCCUGAUGAUGAUAAUGACGAAGAAUUAGAAGACGAUUCUGAGAGCGAAGGUGAAGAGAUGGAGGAAGAAGAUAUGGAGGAAGAAGAUAUGGAAGAAGAUAUGGCUGUGGAUUUCCCAGAAAAAAAGACUGUUAAGUUUGGCGGCGUCUCGACCAGUAAAGCACCGACUGAUCUUCGACAGCGACAGAAAAUGGACAAGAAGAUUUUGAAGAGAAAAGACAAGUUCGAAACGAAACUGAGUGAUUCUGUUGAAAAAGCUCUAAAACUUAUAAUGGCGAAAAAGGGCAAAGGGAAGGGUAAAGGGAGCGGAAAAGGAAAAGGUGGCGGCAAAAAGACAGGCAAUGAAAGAACCGAUUUUCUUGCUGUCCGAAUAAGCCUUCGCGAAAAAGCAUUAAUGUCGGCGGAAAACCAGUGCAACGACUUUCAAAAGCAGCUGGAUACAUUGGAAGAUGCUCGAUCUGAGGCGCAAGCCGAAAGAGACUGCAAGGUGACAAAGUUGCUAAAAAGGCUUCAUGUUUCAGACGAUGAAAGAUCGGGAGCUCUUGAUAGCCUUAAAGGCUGUGUUAUCGGUCGAAAAAAUAACCUUCGGGAUGCAAAUGAACGACGAAGACGUGAAAUCGAGGAGAAGCUCGGUCGAUUACGUGAAGCAGAACUCCGCAAUGCACAGAUUCGCAAAGACAUCAAAAAGUGGCAGAACUUCCGCUCCUUAGGAUCUAAUGAUCAGAAAGCUGCCAUCGAAUCGCUACUGAGUAAAAUUGACGAUCAAUCCUACAACACCAAAGCAAUGAAUCAUUUUAUUGUGAAGCAAAUAGAAACGUCGAAGGAUGAUUCGAAGAGGACAAAACACAAUUUGGAAGAAGGUCGCAAAAAGCAAGCGGUUACAGAUGCUAUUGAAUGCAUGCCUACUUCCGUUCACGAAUGUCGAAAAACAGAUCAACUAAGAAAACUUGUCGACUGGCAGCAGCUUCACGUCGAUGAAGACAAGCAAAACCUUCGAGACAUAAGAAACAACAUGAAACUUAUGAAGAAGGAGACGGAAGAGCUUCGUAAGAUAAAAUUCGAAAAGCCUGAAAAAAUCGGUCUCCUUUUGGACAAGCGAGAUGAAUGUGAUAUGAAUUACGACUACGGCAAUGCUUUUGGCAAUUAUCAUAUAAAUGGGCCUCAAAAUAAUGGCUUUCUCACAUCGCUUGUAGAAGAGGAAAAAAAUGCCCAAGUUUCCAAUGGAUGGAACUGCCAGCCUGACCAAGCGCAGUUUAUUCAAGACGAAUCGCUUUACAAUCUGCUCCAAGAAGAUUAUCAGCAAGGUCAAUACGCUUGUUGGGAUGGCAACUUUAUCCCAGAAUACAAUUAUCAGCAGUAUACGAACCAAUAUCCCAAUGACUACUACGCCAACUAUAACUCCACUUAUGCUCCAAACGAUUAUAACUACCCGUCUUAUUCUAACCACAACUUCAAUCAAAGUAAUGACUCUCAGUUUUUCGAGUACAGCACCUCUCAACAGUGUCACCCGCAAUGCUACCCGCAGUCUGACCCGAAUCAAAACUCCUUUAUGAACCAAAUGGAGAACCCAUACAACGUUUACUACAUGGACAACAACAACUAUCAAAACUAUCAACAAAUGGAUAUGGCGAGCUCGCGAAUUUUCGAGCAACGUAAGAUGCCAACGCAGAAAACAUCUCAUCAAGAAUACUCUUGUGAAACGUGCCAAAAAACUUUUAAACAUCCGUAUCUGCUUGAGCGACACAUGAAGACUCGUGAUCAUCAAAAUAUAAAAGACUUCAAAUGCGAGUUAUGCAAAAAGGCGUUCACACAAGUAGGCCACCUAAAUCGCCACUACAAAAUCGUUCAUCAGAAACUUCCAUGUGACAAGGAAAUGUCGUUUCGACAUCAUGGUAUGCCCCAGCUUACUACAAUCCUCCAGCGCUCGCAGAAGAAGAAUACUCUUACCGACGUUAUUAAGGGUUUGAUCGAGCUCUUCGAAUGUCCAAAUUGCAACGAGAUCUUCCAGAAAUAUGUAGACUUUCGAAAUCAUCUUACGACCGCGCAUCCAGAGCUCAAGAAGUUCCCUUGUCCACAUAGAGGAUGCAGCCUUCUUUUCGACAACUUGGAAGAGACCACUCUUCACUUCAAGGAAGAACAUCCGAACUCAGAAGUCGAGAAGAACUGUGGCCCGCUGAGAUGUAAUAUCUGUAGACAAGAUUUUACUCGUUCGGAUUCACUCAAGAGGCACAUGCGCAAACAUGAGGAAAAACGACUCGCAUGUCCUUUCAAGGAGUUCACAAAAUGCAUGCGUACCUUCUACAGACUGGACGAUCUCAAGCAGCAUUUAGAUGAUCACAAAGACCCGAAGUUCAAAUCGGCAACUCUUGCAUGUGACGUUUGCGGUAAACUGUACAAAUCGCUCAAAGAGUUAGAAAAGCACAAGACAACGCAUCCGAAUAAAUUCAAAGCGCACUGUCCUAAAUGCUACAAAGGCUUCAAAAACUCUCAUGGAUUACGGGUGCAUUCUUGCCCGGUUACGAACGAAAGAAAAAAGAAGAACUCAGUGCAUGAUGUGAUGCGGAUGAAUUUUUCUUGGGAAUAUGCUUUGCCCACGAAUUUCGCCCCCUUCAUUAUUUUGAUAUCGUCUGCUGCUUAUAUUCAAACUUCGCACAUCCUCUUUAUUAUCCUGAGUUUCGUUGGGGUCUUUCUCUUUCUGUAUUCUCUUCAAGACGCACUUCUCUAUCAAGCUAAUUUUCCAAGUCAAGCAAGAAACUAUCAUCCAAAGCCAAAUUCACCUCAUGAAGUUGUAAAUUUCGGCCCCCGCCAGAGGCUUAAUGGAAUUCUUCUCAAAUGCGAGUCGGGCAACUGUCCGACCAUCGUCUUCUGUCAUGGCAAUGCUGGCAACUGCUCGAACAGGGGACAGAUCGCUGAAGUUAUGCGUUCCUUGUUGAAAGUGAAUAUAUUUGUCUUCGACUACUCAGGCUACGGCGCAAGUCGCGGGAGACCCAGCGAGAGCAAUCUUUACGCCGAUUCCCAGGGAGCGAUCGACUAUGUCACGAGCCGAUCUGAUCUACGUGGGGAUGUCAUAUUAUUUGGAAGAUCGCUAGGCGGCGCUGUGGUGAUUGAACUUGCCACACGCCCAGAAAAUGAACACAUCAAAGCUUGUAUUGUGGAAAAUACGUUCACAUCAGUCCCACUUAUCGGCAUGUCAGUCUUUCCCUUUCUAUCACCGGUCAUAAAGCUAUUACCGAUGUUUGCUGUCAAGAAUAAAUUUCUCAGCAUAGAGAAAAUUGAAAAAAUCACCAUUCCGAUUCUUCUUAUCUCAGGCCGUGACGACGACCUCGUGCCCCCGCAGAUGAUGGAUCAACUCUUUUCUCUUUGCAAGGCGCCGAAGAAAAAAUAUGUCAAGCUGCGUGAAAUCGGAUCGGAACUUCAUCUUCCGUCGGGAUGGGAACACCUCACCGUAUGGAUUAGCGCGUGUCUUACGAUGCUUAUUUCUCUUUUUCAUAUUUUGAGUCAUCUAAGACAAUACAACAAGCCCUCCGAGCAGAGGCUUAUUGUACGAAUCGCUGCUGUCAUACCGAUCUACGCCCUUACUAGUGCAAUUGCUUUCUCUGCUCCAAGUUACUCUCUCGUUCAAGCUGCCAUCCGAGACAUGGCGGAAGCGAUGGUUAUCUAUUCUUUUUUAACGCUCCUUUACUCUUAUCUUGGCGGCGAAGGUCAGAUUUGUAAUGCUUUGAAUGGCACCCCCAUUUACGGAACUUGGUUGACCUGGACUUGCUGUUUGUCUGGGAUUCCUUUUUCUGGUCAAAUUCUGCGCUUCAGUAAGCAAUGUGCUCUACAGUUCUGCAUUAUUCGGCCUGUUGUUUCUACUCUUGAAGUUCUGAUGUACAACGUUUCUAUCUCCUUUGCUUUGUACGGCCUAGCGCUUUUCUACAUCUGCACGAAAAAGCUUCUUGAGCCUCACAAUCCUGUGAUGAAAUUCGUUUCCGUCAAAGGCAUAAUUCUUGUAUCGUACUGGCAGAAUUUGCUAAUUGCUAUUCUGUCUCAAGCUGGAGCAAUUGACACUCCUGGCUCACUGCAAGGUAUUCUCAUUGCGAUCGAGUGUGUUCCAGCGGCGAUUCUUGUUCUUCGUGCGUUUCCGGUUGCGCCUUACACCAAAGAAGCUGUAGAUGCAUCCCCACUUGACUCGAUGACUGGCAAAGACGUUAAACAAUUAUUUGUCUCAGUCCAAGACACAAUGAAUCCAAAAGAUAUUUUCCAAGAUGUCGUCCACAAUUUUAGUUCGCGUUAUAGAGGAUAUGCUCAAUAUCACAAUGUCCAGGUCAAUGAACCUCUUGCUGAGAACGACAGUAGACUAAUGGACUCUGAUGAAGAAGCCUUGCCAAACUAA